GUUUGGCCCUGGCAGGGAGACUGUGCUGGGGAGAGAGCCGCCAGACAUGGAGCAUGUGGAGGGGGUCAAGUGGAUGAAGAUGAGACGCCAUAAACUCUUUCUCACUCUCUGCAUGGCUGGUCUCUGCCUCAUCUCCUUCUUGCACUUCCUCAAGGCCCUUUCCUAUGUCACCUUCCCCAGGGAGCUGGCUUCGCUUAGUCCCAACCUCGUCUCCAGCUUCUUCUGGAACAAUGCCCCCGUCACGCCUCAGGUCAGCCCUGAGCCAGGGGGUGCAGAGUUCCUCCGCACACCCCUGUACUCCCACUCCCCUUUGCUCCAGCCCCUGUCUCCCAGCAGAGCCAGCGAAGAGCUGCACAAGGUUGAGUUCGUGCUGCCAGAAGACUCAACGGAGUACUUUGUCCGUACCAAAGCCGGUGGCAUUUGCUUUAAGCCAGGCACCAAGGUGUUGGAGAAGCCCCCCGCGGGAGGUCGACAGGAGGAGCGAGCGGAUGGCGCGGCCUCGGGGCGGCCGGCUCGGAAGCCGCUGAGCGCCAGCGGAACCAAGCGGCGCAAGUGGGUGGAAUGUGUGUGUCUGCCGGGCUGGCACGGCCCCAGCUGCGGGGUCCCCACCGUGGUCCAGUACUCCAACCUACCCACCAAGGACCGCCUCGUGCCACGGGAGAUUCCCCGGCGGGUCAUCAACGCCAUCAACGUCAACCACGAGUUUGACCUGCUGGAUGUCCGCUUUCAUGAGCUGGGAGACGUGGUGGACGCUUUUGUGGUGUGCGAGUCCAACUUCACAGCCUACGGAGAGCCGCGGCCCCUCAAGUUCCGCGAGAUGCUCCUCAACGGCUCCUUCGACUACAUCCGCCACAAGGUGCUCUACGUUUUCCUGGACCACUUCCCCCCCGGCGGCCGCCAGGAUGGCUGGAUUGCUGAUGAUUACCUGCGUACCUUCCUCACCCGGGAUGGCGUCUCUCGCCUCCGCAACCUGCGCCCGGAUGAUGUCUUCAUCAUCGAUGAUGCUGAUGAGAUCCCGGCCCGUGAUGGCGUGCUCUUCCUCAAGCUCUACGAUGGCUGGACGGAGCCCUUCGCCUUUCACAUGCGCAAGUCUCUGUAUGGCUUCUUCUGGAAGCAACCAGGCACCUUGGAGGUGGUCUCGGGCUGCACCAUGGGGAUGCUCCAGGCCGUCUAUGCCACCGAUGGGAUACGUUUGCGACGCCGUGAGUACUACACCAUGCCUGGGUUUCGGCAGUAUGAGAACAGCACGGGACACAUCCUGGUGCAGUGGUCGCUGGGCAGCCCCCUCCACUUUGCCGGCUGGCACUGCUCCUGGUGUUUCACCCCAGAGGGGAUCUACUUCAAACUGGUGUCAGCCCAGAACGGGGACUUUCCCCGAUGGGGUGACUACGAGGAUAAACGAGACCUCAAUUAUAUCCGGGAGCUGAUCCGGACUGGAGGCUGGUUUGAUGGUACUAUGCAGGAGUAUCCCCCUGCUGACCCCAAGGAGCAGAUGUAUGCUCCCAAGUACCUGCUCAAGAACUACCAGCGGUUCCGCUACUUGUUGGAGAACCCCUACCGAAAGCUGGAGGGUGCUGGGUGA